AUGAACCCGUCCCUGGUGUUGCCCAACCCGUCUCUGGUGUUGCCCAACCCGUCUCUGGUGUUGCCCAACCCGUCCCUGGUGUUGCCCAACCCGUCCCUGGUGUUGCCCAGCCCGUCCCUGGUGUUGCCCAACCCUUCUCUGGUGUUGCCCAGCCCGUCCCUGGUGUUGCCCAACCCGUCCCUGGUGUUGCCCAGCCCUUCUCUGGUGUUGCCCGACCCGUCCCUGGUGUUGCCUAUCUCUGGUGUUGCCCAACCCGUCCCUGGUGUUGCCCAGCACACCCCAAUCUGUGCCACCUAUGGUAAAGCGGUUAGGGUCACACCCUUCACAGGACGCUUUGCUUUCAAGCUGCAUAAACCCGGUUUGUAA